AUGUCAAUUAAGCAGGACGCCGCCUGUAUCUUCUGUAAGAUCAUCAAGGGAGAAAUUCCCUCCUUCAAGUUGAUCGAAACCGCACACGCCUUUUCGUUCCUAGACAUUCAACCCACUUCUGAAGGCCAUGCAUUGAUCAUCCCAAAGUACCACGGUGGUAAACUGCACUCCGUUCCCGAUGAAUUCCUCGCUGACGUGCUCCCAAUCGCCAAGAAACUAGCCAAAGCACUCGAAUUGGACACUGAUGGGAUCGACAGCCCAGUGGGUUACAACCUAUUGCAAAACAACGGCAAGAUCGCACACCAAGUGGUGGACCAUGUUCAUUUCCAUUUGAUCCCCAAGAGAGACGAAAAGACAGGCUUGAUUGUUGGUUGGCCAGCUCAAGAGACCGAUUUUGAGAAACUUGGUCAAUUGCACAAGAAAUUGCUCGCCAAACUCGAAAACUAG